GUGAGCUCAUUCUACCUGCGUGGACCAGCCUCCCCAGGGGGACACGGCGGAAUUCCACACAGGCUGCGGUUUGGGGACAGGUGGCAGCCAGGAGAGUCCCAUGUCCCAGAAUCAGGGAGACACCACCACGGACAGGUGAGGCGGGCAGGAGCUUCGAUCUUGGGCCAAAGAAAAUAAGGAGGUACUCAGAUCUCCGAGAUGACGCUCAGGAGGCGCUGGGCGUCCCUGUCUUGGAUGUGGUUACUCCUCACCGUGGGCCGGUCGCAAAGGGCGGACGAUGACAAGCCGAAUAUCGUCCUGAUAAUGGCCGACGAUUAUGGGAUCGGAGACCUGGGCUGCUAUGGAAACGACACCAUCAGGACCCCCAACAUCGACAGCUUAGCCAGAGAUGGUGUCCAGCUGACCCAGCACAUCGCCGCCGACUCCAUGUGCACCCCAAGCCGGUCCGCUUUCCUCACGGGAAGGUACCCGAUCCGAACAGGAAUGGUUUCCGAUGGGAACUACCGUGUCCUCAUGUCCCUCGCGGCCCCUGUUGGACUCCCGCGUAACGAGACCACAUUUGCACAGUUGGCCAAGGAGCAAGGAUACAGCACGGCGAUGAUGGGUAAGCAGCCAUUGCUCUCUGCCUCCUCCAGAACUCUCUGUCAUCAUUGCGCUUGGCUGAUGGGCGACCUGCAAUUAACGAAGCUCCCUUCACACACACACACACACACACACACACACACACACACACACACACACACAGUGUGUCCUAAGUGAUAUAAACCCAUCCUUUGCAGACAUAGC